CCUCCCGCUGUUCUCUCUAGAUAGAAGGGCGAGGCAGACCGGUGAAGGGGCGGGAGGUUUAGAUGCCUCUGCUAGCUGGACCUGCGACACCAGAGUGGCUCAGGGCGGCUGCCUGUCCGUAGGCAAUGCCUGAGGCUAGGGGAUCCCCUGGAGAGCCCUGAGAGCCACCUGCACCGCCUUGGAAGGAUCGCCAGAAGUUAGCCCCAAGGGUUCAGAGAAGCUCUCUGCACUACAACUAUGGCCGGUGAUUCUAGGAAUGCUAUGAAUCAAGACAUGGAGAUAGGAGUCACUUCCCAGGACCACAAGAAGAUUCCCAAACAGGCUCGGGAUUACAUCCCCAUUGCCACAGACCGCACCCGCCUGCUGACGGAAGGCAAGAAGCCACGUCAACGCUACAUGGAGAAGACUGGCAAGUGCAAUGUGCACCACGGCAAUGUUCAGGAAACCUAUCGCUACCUAAGUGACCUCUUCACCACCCUGGUGGACCUCAAAUGGCGCUUCAACCUUCUGGUCUUCACUAUGGUCUACACCAUCACCUGGCUGUUCUUUGGCUUCAUUUGGUGGCUCAUUGCUUACGUCCGAGGUGAUCUGGAUCACGUGGGUGACCAAGAGUGGAUUCCUUGUGUUGAAAACCUUAGCGGCUUUGUGUCUGCUUUCCUGUUCUCCAUCGAGACAGAAACAACCAUUGGGUAUGGCUUUAGAGUCAUUACAGAGAAGUGUCCAGAAGGGAUCAUACUCCUUCUGGUGCAGGCCAUUCUGGGCUCGAUUGUUAAUGCCUUCAUGGUGGGGUGCAUGUUUGUAAAGAUCAGCCAGCCAAAGAAGAGAGCAGAGACCCUAAUGUUUUCCAACAAUGCCGUCAUCUCCAUGCGGGAUGAGAAGCUGUGCCUCAUGUUCCGGGUAGGGGACCUCCGAAACUCCCACAUCGUGGAGGCCUCCAUCCGUGCCAAGCUUAUCAAGUCCCGGCAGACCAAAGAAGGUGAAUUCAUCCCCUUGAACCAGACCGACAUUAAUGUGGGCUUUGACACUGGUGAUGACCGCCUCUUCCUGGUCUCUCCACUCAUCAUCUCCCACGAGAUCAACGAGAAGAGCCCUUUUUGGGAGAUGUCUCGUGCUCAACUGGAACAGGAAGAGUUCGAAGUUGUGGUCAUACUAGAAGGAAUGGUAGAAGCAACAGGCAUGACUUGCCAAGCACGGAGCUCUUACAUGGAUACAGAGGUGCUCUGGGGUCACCGAUUCACACCAGUUCUCACCUUGGAAAAGGGCUUCUAUGAGGUGGACUACAACACUUUCCACGACACCUAUGAGACCAACACACCCAGCUGCUGCGCCAAGGAGCUGGCGGAGAUGAAGCGGAGCGGUCGGCUCCUCCAGUACCUUCCCAGUCCUCCCUUGCUUGGGGGCUGUGCUGAGGCUGGGAACGAAGCAGAGGCCGAGAAGGAUGAAGAGGAUGAGCCCAAUGGACUGAGUGUGUCCCGGGCCACCAGGGGCUCAAUGUGAAGUCUGUGUGCUACCCAGAGCCUCUUCUUGCCAGACACCGAGGAGCCUGGGAGGCCAGAGAGGCCAAUUAGUUGAGCAAGCGUUGUGGGGCCCCAGGAGUAUGGAAGCUCUACAGAGAGGAACAGUGUGUCGAGGCCUCACAUCUCCUCCUCGAGGCCUUGGAGAAAGUAACCUUGCCUAGGCCUCCUGACAAGUGCUUUCUAGGCCUCUGUGAGAGCAUUAGUUGCCACCAGAGUGGGGCUCCCAAUGAGAGUUCUAGGGUGCCAUCUAUCCUCUCUCUCUGAUUACUGGAGCCUGUUCACUUUCCUCCCUAAUUCCUGGUCUCCUCAGCACAACCCCUGAGACCUUCGGAUCAAGGGAGUUAAUUUUAUCCAUGGAUACUCAGGCCUCCAGCUGGGGAGGCAUUCACAGAGGCCUUCCAGGGGCAAUGCCUUUUAGUCUGAGGCCAAAAACCCACUAAUUAAUAGCUUCUUAGCAAGGUCCCUUGUUCACCUCUCAUACUACCUAGCGUGUGUUUUCCUCAUCUGUGUCGAGUGGACACUAGCACUACGGCUUACAGGGUAAUUGAUUUCAUUAGAGUGGCCUUAGGACACUGAGUACCUAGGAGCAUACACAAUGUCGUCCUCACUACUGCCUGACACCCCUAGUCAUACUGUGCCCUGUGCUUCAAAGGAGAGCCCCCCCCCCGAAGUUGUACCUUUUGUAGGACUAUUUGGCCCAAGAACUUCAAAGAACCUGUGGAGUGGUCCUGGGGAACAUAUGAAUUUCAAAGAGCCAGAUGAGCUCUUGGUACUAACACAGGGAUGGCAGACAGGAGAGAGACAUGAGGAUAAUUUUAAAAUAAGAUGAUCUGGAGCCUGUAAUCCUAGCGUUUGGCAGGCUGAGGCAGAAUUGCGAAUCUGAAGCCAGGCCGGUCUACACAGCCCGCUCUCAAAAAAGCAAGAGACAAAUAACAACCAAGAAAACAUCUGCUGCAGUUGUUGCAUGGGGGCUCCUUGGAGAAAAGUGGGCUAUGAAACACAAGUGACAAGUGCCCAUAAAGGCAUCUUCAAGCUGAGUGUGGACCAGAGCCUUAGGCUGCUGCUGAGAUGCCUCUAGACCCCCCUCCUAUGGAACAGCUCCAACCUGGUGGUGGGACCUAGAGGGUGGGCCCUGAGGACAGGAUGAGAGUUGAUGGGUGACUAGGGGGAGAAGAAUCAAAGAGUGGAGAAGAGCCUUGGGGUCCAUAGCCUCAGAGAUUUUUCUCUUCCAGUCUAGGACUGAGGGUCAGGUCAGUGAAGCAUUAGGUUGAAAACAAUAAGCUGUCCUGGUCUUGGGAAUAGGCUGACAUGUUUCCAAAUACCUCUACCCCAGUGUUUAUGGCUCUCAACCAGCCUUUGAAAAUAGAAGCACCUUCUUGCCAGGCCCUGUAGAACUUUCUCUGGCAUCUAUAGGGAGGCAAGAAGCUAAGGCAGCCUAGAGAAUGGCUUCCCAACCUCAGGCCUUGUUCCCCUCAGACUGGGUGCCCGGGUCCCUGAGCUGGUAAGCAGAUAGGGGUCUGCGAUGGAUUGUUACACUGUGGAUCCCUGCACUUGGCAUCUGCACGAGUCUAGGCCAGUGGGUCUCAACCUUCCUAAUGCUGUGACCCUUUAAUCCAGUUCCUCGUGUUGUGAUGACCUCACAACAUUAUAAUAAUCAUAACAUUAUUUUUGUUGCUACUUCAUAGUUUUAAUUUUUCUACUGUUAUGAAUUGUAAUGUAGAUAUCCAAAUUUGCAGGAUAUCUGAUAUGCAAUCCCUGUGAAAGGGUUGUCCAACUCCCAAAAGGGUCUCAACCCACAGACCCACAGGUUAAGAAUCACUGGUCUGGGCAGAGAGAGGGGUGUGUGUGUGUGUGUGUGUGUGUGUGUGUGUGUGUGUGUGUUGUGCAUGUCUGUGAGUGUGGUAUAUGUGUGGAUGUACAGGGUGGUGUAUAUAUGUAUGUUCGUGUGUGUAUAUAUGGUGUGAGGGUUGGUAAGUAGGUGGGGGAUUGGGUGGAGAUGAUGUGUAUACUUACAUGUAUGUGUGUGUGUGUGUUAUAUGAUGAAUAUGGUGUUUGUGUACAUAUGUGUGGUGUGAAUGAUGUAGCAUGUGUAUGCUGUGGUGUGUAUGUCUUUGUGUGUAAUGGGAAAGGGAGUCCACAGUGAUGAGGUGGGGGUUAUACAUCUUCUAUGUGGUGAAACAGGUCUAGUGGAGAAUGGAAAAUGAGCUGCCAUCCCUACUCAGGAAAGAAAAUCACCGAGCGGGUCCACAACACCCAAUAGGUAAGCUGCAGGAGUCUAAGUAUGAAGUCUGCUGCUGAGACUAGAUGUCUAGAGUAACAGGAGAUGCAGUCGUUGUCACAAGAGACAGACACUAAGCCUGGCUUUCUAGACCCCGGGCUUAGGCAGGUAGGAUCAGUUCUACUCCUUGGUAGGCCAUGCAUCCUGUCUUGAUCAGAACUAGCUAGUGCCUACAGGUUAAGACCCUUAGUGAGGCGAGUUGGUAAAGAUAAGAAGUAGCAGGGAAUGAUGCUCUUAUGGCCGGACAGUGGUCUGGCUCCUGUUUCACAAUUGCCUUAUUUGUAUUUCUGAAACAUCCCCCACUUGGCCAAGAGAUAACAGUGGUCUGUGUGAGUCAGGGCCACUGGUGUGUCAAUGAGAAGCUGUGGAGGCUAUCAAAGAGGUGGAUGCACUCCUGAAGAUGCCCGCAUGCCAGCGCUGAUAUGUACUGGAGUUAGUAAGAUAACAGACCCAAUCAGGUUUCUAUUGUGGUGACCUAAGUGUGAGGGGACUGCCCUUCGCAUCCCAAGGACAUCUCCAUCUCAAUGAACAGUUGAUGUCACUAAAGUUUUAAAAACUCUUCAAAUAAUUUUCUGAAAGUUCUUGACCAAUAAAUUUAAAAUGUAGGUUUAUUAUUAAAUGCUAAGUCUGAUGCUGGCCCAUAUCUCAAUGGGUCACUGCUCCUACAUAUGAGCCAUGUUAGUCAUGGACUUUACUGUAUGACUCAGAGCUCAUUCCAUCCCUCAUGGUCACAAAGAACUGAGGCAGGGCUAUAGAAGAGGCCAACAAUAAUUUCCAGAGAUCUCUGUUCCUGUUGACUUCAUGCCUUGACUGUCAUGUCCUUCCUCUCUGGAAAAAUCCCUCGCUCCUUGUGCCAGUAGAAAUUCACCCACACUGGAGAAGGCAAGUUCUUACCGGUUUUCUCCUCACUCUCCCCAACCAAUCUGACACUUCCGAGGUUCUGCCAACAUAACCACGAGACCCUGUUCUCAGUCAGGCCUCUCUGCUUCAGAUGUGGCUCCCACUGGGUUCCGACAUAAUCAAGGAACCCAUGUUUGCCAUUUCUCUUGGCUGCUUUGAGAGCCUAACUGAAGCAGUCAACACUGAUGGAGAAGAGCCCCUGUCUGCCUGGGGAACAUGUCUCUGCUUGUUUGUUAUCUGUAGCAACUGGGAACCUUCAUUCACACCUCUUAUCCCAUGGCCUGCCUUCCAGCUGGCCAUGGCUCAGUGACUCCUGUGGAGCCAGGAGCUUCCCCUGAGGGUGACACAAAGCAAAGAUUGCACAUCAACUUGUAAGACACCCCGGCCUCUGUCGGGUGGAGCAGUGGUUAGAUACCACUCCUGCAUUCUUGGACUUGGUUCUGGUAAAGGUGUCUGGAGAUCUCUUUUACCGCAGAUGGAAAUGUCUCAAGCAAACACGAUGGGGCCAUCUUCCUGCACAAACGCCCUUAGGAAUCAGCUCCCAGGCUGCAGGCACAGACAGAGCCCUCACAGUGGCUCUGGUCGAUUCCUAUGCUGUGCUGUAGAGGACAGUCCCUUUUUCCAGCCUUAAGAUAAUUAGGAAACACCUUUUUCUGAUUCCCAGAGAGCUACUGAGCCGUGGACAAAGAGAUUCCAUGGGGAAGAAUGGUUUUCCCCUAGAGGCUAUGUAACCUCUGGGCUUGGUUCUCUAACAGUAUUCUAAAGUGCUCUGUCAAAUUGCCCUCCCAGGUAUAUGACUCCAAGCUUAUGAAAAAGAACACCAUUACACUGC